CCACUAUAUAUGUGUAGCUGGUGGAUUGGGUUGGACCAAUUCGAGCUGGGUUACUGGUUGAACCGGUUUGUAUGUAUACAGGUCUAACCGAUUGACUUGGCUUGGGCAUUGGGCUUGACCUUGUCAGCUGGUCUUGACGUUGCUAUGGGCCUAGGCUGGGCCUGAAGUUGACUUGAUUUAACUUGGGUAGGCUUUUGUUUGUAAUUGUAGCGAUUAUUAGAUUGUAAGUUGUAAUAAAUUGUAUCUUUGUAAUUGAUUAUAUGGAUCUUAAUUAAAGAAUUUGCUAAAUUAUUCUUUUCUUUUAUCAUCUCAAUUCAGAUCUAACCUUACUCUUCAAAUUAAAUCCACUCUAUUGAAUUGAUUAACCAUCGCAACAAACCAACAUGACAAAGAAUUGGCCAAGUCCAAUGCAAUCGUGGACAAUAUUGACCUUCUUAGAUUUGCUAUUGCCAAUCUCAAUACAAUCAUAAAUUCUUUUUAAUUUAAAUGACGAUUAAGUACCAAAAUUGUCUACCUCGCGUAAAUUAAAUUAUCCUAGUCAAUCGUGUAUCAACACGGACAAAAUGAGGUGUCUACACCUUCGAUACCAUGACUUGUCAUCGCUACGAGAAAUGCGUGAAGAGAGUUAUCACUUCGCUGCAGAAUGCAACGCCCAGCAAAAUGGGCUUCACUUACACCAGGAUAUUCCCGCAUGGCACCUACGACGACGUUAAAGGUUUCGCCAGUUGUGUGGCCGGGACCGACAUCCAACACUGCCAACACUGUCUUGUUGGUGCCAAGGCGGCGCUGGACGACUGCAAAUCUUACGCCGCUGGCUCUUUCAUCAGCGACGUAUGUACCAUGUCAUAUGCCCAGUUCCUCCCUCGCCACUGACAGUUUAGUACCGCUAUAUAUCUAGGCGGUAGUUGACUUACUCCCUCACUCAACUCUAAGGUCGGAUGGCUUAAUCGCGAUUAACCGAUCUGCUUAACUCAAUAUUGAGGGUUGUCCUAACUUAACCUAGAUUAGGUGGCUAAUUAAAUUGCUAGCACCAAUAUGCACGAACCUAGGGGUGCUAAGCACAAUUAUGCACAAUUCUUAGGUUGCUAAGCACCUAAAUGCACAAACCUAAGGAUUCUAAGCAAACCAAAUGGAAUUUUUUAUUUUAUUUUUUAUUUGCCACAUCAUUCAUUUAACAGUCAACUAAUAGAGUUGACUUCCACAU